GUGCUUUUGUGUCCGACACGACAGUUCCUAGCGGUCAGAUUUUUCUACCUGGUGCUGAGUUCAUUAAGUCCUGACGGAUGUUAAACCAGGGAGACAAGGCUUGGCCAGAGACAACUCAGAUUCACUUCGUUGUGGGGGAGUCUUCACCUGGAGCUGACUCUUCAAUGGUUGUCAAAGUAGGGCACGUUGAUCCUGGUGAAGCUCUUGAUGUGUGGACCGGUGACCUGGAGGUUCGUUCGUCGGGUCUGGUACACUUUUUUUAUCGCUAAAGCACAUUGCGUAUCUGGCACUCGAUGCUCCUGGUAGAUAUGUCAGUU